AAACCACAGGGUACUAAAGUGAGAAAGUGCGAAACCACAGGGUACUAACUUGAUAUACUUUAAGUCACAAGGUACUAAAGUGAGAAAAUGUGAAACCACACAGGGGUAUUUGAAGUUUCCCCUUUAUUUUAUGAUUCGUUUGAUGUUUUAUUUGAUAAUUUUUUGGAUGUUAAUUUGACGAGUUUCGUAUACUUUUAUUUUAUUAACUGGAAUCAUGGGGAAGUGGGCCAUUUGCCCGAAACCCUGACACUCGUGAAUUAUAUUUUCUCGACUGUAUUCGAACUGAUCAUCAAUGCUGUUAAAUAUUAUUGAAAUUAUUUAAAUUUAUGGAUUACUAAGCAAAUAAAAUUUGGUUCAUAAAAAUUUAAAUAGCUUAUAUUAUACUCAAUAAAACUGUUCAUAAAUGCAAGGAAACAAUCUCUUUUGCUUCUAAAAGUAUUUUAUUAUUCACAAAGAUAAUGAAUUCGGCGAAGAUCAUUUUGUAUAACGAAAAUUUUACUCACAUAAUUGCAAGAGAUAGGGAGUUCUCUCUUUUCUAAGAGAGAGAAAAAUAACAUUAUUUGAUUUAAUUAUUUUUUAAAAAUAAAUAAAUUUGGUUGAAAAUAUUAAGUUUUUGAAUAUUUUACGAAUGCUAGUGAAAUUUAAAUAAAAAUAUAAAAAAGCGGCAAUUUUUAUCUUUGAUUUUUCUCACACACGUGAGCAUUGCAUGAAUGCAACGUGAUAAGUACACGUACUCCCCUCGUGCCAUGCAACGAAUCACGCGGCCCAAAUUACUCGAUCAUCCGUACCUAAAUUUUUAUUUUUUAAAUAAAAUAAAAGAAUCAUUCACGAAGCAAAAAGUUCGAAAUUAAUGCCUCUGUACAAAUAUACAAAGACCAAUUUGCAUAAAAAAAUUUAUUAAUUUUGAACUUUUGAAAAAAUAAAUCAUUCUUUUAAAUUUUCUUUUCAAAAAUAAAAUAAAAUAAUUAAAAAAAUCAAAAUGUGAUGUUGUUCGGUGCAUCUGGUACAACUUUUCCUUGUUCUUAUCUUCGACACUCCACGUGACACACUUUUAAGUUCCUUUACUAGAGGUACCAUUAACGCACUAAAUUUUUUAAGGUAAAAUUGUACGGAAACCCCCCUCUUCUCUCUAUAUUUGCUACAAUUUUGAAAUACCCUCCUCAGCUUUGACUUCUUUGAUUUGAGCCCUUUCUCUUUAAAUUUGCUUUUUAAAUUGAGUUUUCCAUCUCACAACCACCUCCAUUAAAGGUGAUCUCAGUACAUUUUUAUUUAUUUUUUAUUUUUGUUGUAAAUCACACUCACUCUCCUCCCACUCUCUUUCCUUUUUGCUCCUCUCUAUAAAUAGAGAAAGAUACUGUUCCAUUCCCUGUCACCACCUCCACUAGUAUUAGCUCUCUCUCUCUACUAUAGCUAGAGUGUUCUUUCCUUUUCAACUACUCUCUACAAGUCACUAGCAAUUUCCAUGGCUCUCUCCAAACCCCCAAUCAUGGCUUUCCUCUUCCUCUCCAUGCUUGUGCUCCAAUCGGUCGAUUCGCGACCCACGGUCGACGAUAAUUUGGUGAUCACAAGCAAUAAUGGGACAUCUCUUCUUGAGGCGCCUAAAAUAGAUUGCAGGGCUGCGUGCGCGGCGCGGUGCAGCAGGAGCCGGAAGAACAAGAUGUGCAGGAAGAUGUGUGGCAUCUACUGCUCCAAGUGCAGCUGCGUGCCGCCGGCACUGGCCAGGACACCCGCAGCCGCUGCCGCCGCUACGACGCCAUGCGCAACCCUGCCGGUCGCCCUUAAUCAACAAAUUAUUAAUUAUAACACCCUCUUAAUACGCAAUUUGCAGUUAAACAGCAAAAUAAUUCUUACUUAAAACUACGCUGUAGAUCGGUUUAGUUUGAGUACUGUUGAGGAGAGGGUUAGGAGUAGUUUUUAUUUUGGUGCAGUUUAGUUUAUGACUCGUUUGAUGUUUUAUUUGAUAAUUUUUAGAUGUUAAUUUGAUGAGUUUCGUAAACUUUUAUUAUAACUGGAA